ACUGUGAUAGCUGGUGCCUGGUUCAACCAAAACCAACCCAAGAGAGCCGGCUAAAAUUAUUGCGAUAAAAGAUAAUAACCAACAAUCAAACAUAAAAGGGCACAUCAAAACACCAUCGAGAAUUGGAGAUAAUAUAAGCAAAUACGAAUACCCAAAGCACGUUCAUAUUGUAUUGUUCUUCUCGCAAAUAGUCAUCAUGAGAGAGUACAAGCUAGUAGUUCUAGGUUCUGGAGGUGUGGGUAAAUCUGCACUAACUGUGCAGUUCGUACAGGGAAUCUUCGUAGAAAAGUAUGAUCCCACGAUUGAAGAUAGUUAUAGAAAACAGGUCGAGGUUGACAGCCAGCAAUGUAUGCUGGAGAUUCUUGACACUGCUGGUACAGAGCAGUUCACUGCCAUGAGGGACUUAUAUAUGAAGAACGGACAAGGGUUUGUGCUGGUAUACUCUAUUACCGCGCAAAGUACUUUUAAUGAUUUGGAGGAUCUGCGAGACCAGAUUCUACGUGUGAAGGAUACCGACCACGUACCCAUGGUAUUAUGUGCGAACAAGUGUGAUCUGGAAGACGAGCGAGUGAUUGGCAAAGAUCAGGGAAGUGCCAGAGCGAAGCAAUGGAGUUGUUACUUCAUCGAGGCUUCAGCAAAGAGCAAGAUAAAUGUAUCAGAAAUUUUCUUUAGUUUGGUACGGCAAAUCAACGAAGCUACGCCCGAUACCCAUAAGGAUAAGAAAGGAAAGAAGAAGGGAUGCCUUAUCCUUUAAAUCAUCUAUGUAUUGCAAAACAAUUCUGCGUCAAAAUCAUAAAUGGAUCAGAUUAAGGGAGAUUUGCUAAUCGCCAGGAUAAUGGCAUUUUCCGACGUAUAACUUUGUAAUCUUCGUAAUUUGGCGUCUACCUUACCAACUGAGUUUGACUUGGUACUGACGCGAUUUUGCGAACGACUGAAAGAAUAAAUAGUCACAACUAGACAACGGAGUUUCGUUUGUUGGUUUCUGUAGAAGCCAUUUUAGCGCGUAAAUGCUGAUUGAUAUCUCUCACGUUCUUAUCUCCCCGUGUAUUAGUUUAUAAUCACAGUAGAACGUCACAGG